UUUGCCUUAUCUCGAGAAACUUAAGAAUAAAAAUCACAUAUCACAAAUUUUGCUUUGAAAGGAGAUGGCCAACCUCCUUGUGUCCAGACCCAAGCCUUGCAUGUGCAUCAAAACUCAACCUCGUCUCCUCUCUUCUCUCCUCUCAACCCACUCCAUGGCCAUGACCUUAAGCUUCAUCCCUGGAAUUACUAUCUUGCCCUCUAGAUACCCAAACCCUUUAUUCACAAAACCCAGAUGCUCUUUUGCUACAAAAGCUAGUUCCCAAGUCUCCAAUGGGACAAUUAAAGGGGAUGGAUUUCCCGAGCGUGUUGGAUUUUUAGGUCUUGGAAUUAUGGGAUCUCCAAUGGCAAAAAACCUCUUAAAGGCUGGAUGUGAUGUUACUGUCUGGAAUAGAACCAAGAGCAAGUGUGACCAGCUGAUCAACCUUGGUGCAAAAUAUGAGUCUUCACCAGCAGAAGUUGCAUCAUCAUGCAACGUGACAUUUGCAAUGCUCGCUGACCCUGAAAGUGCAAUUGAUGUUGCAUAUGGAAUAAAUGGAGUUGCUGAAGGAAUUGGGCCGGGAAAAGGAUAUGUGGAUGUUUCUACAGUUGAUGUUGCUACUUCAAAAUUAAUUAACCAACAUAUUAAGCAAACAGGAGCAUCAUAUUUAGAGGCUCCAGUUUCAGGCUCUAAAAAGCCUGCAGAAGAUGGGCAGCUGAUAUUUUUAACUGCAGGUGAUCAACAUUUAUAUGAAACAGUAUCACCACUCUUAGACAUCAUGGGUAAGUCAAGAUUUUACCUUGGUGAAGUUGGAAAUGGUGCAGCUAUGAAGCUUGUUGUCAACAUGAUUAUGGGAAGCAUGAUGGGAUCUUUUUCUGAAGGACUGCUUCUUAGUGAGAAAGUAGGCCUGGAUCCAAAUGUUCUAGUUGAGGUAAUUUCGCAGGGUGCAAUAAGUUCACCGAUGUUCUCGCUCAAAGGCCCUUCAAUGGUUAAAUCCCAGUACCCAACUGCUUUUCCUUUGAAGCACCAGCAAAAGGAUAUGAGGCUUGCCUUAGGGCUAGCUGAAUCAGUUUCUCAGCCAAUUCCAAUUGCAGCAGCUGCAAAUGAGCUCUAUAAAGUAGCAAAGUCUUAUGGUCUCAGUGAUCAAGACUUCUCCGCUGUUAUCGAGUCACUCAAAGCCAGGAUGUCACAUUCAGAAAACUAACAAAUAUUUCUCAUAUUAGCAAUUUUUCGCCUUCUUGUCCUCGCAUCCCAUUUGAAUUCAAUUGAAACCUGUGCUUCUAAAACUGAGCAAUCUUUAUGAUUAGUUCAGGUUUGUCAAAAAAAA